GCGUGGAGAGUUGCGAUAUUGACCCGCCCCAAAAGGCCUUUGUUUAAAGUUAUUCGGUCUGCUUGGGCAGAAUCGUAAAAGCUACCGCGGACCUCCUCACCUCGGUCCCCUUUUCUUCGGAACAUGUAGAUUGGGUGUUUGCAGCGACGGCACUCCUAGCGGUGUAUUUAAUCCCCGACCCCUUGUUAUGCACCGUUAUCGCCGUCUCUGAUCCCAUUCUCCAUCAACCUCAGCCUCAAGCCUGCACUGCUACUGACAGCAGAAACCACAAACCACCAUGUCACUAGCAAGCGACCUCUACAACAUGUUCGUCCCCAGACGCCAGCCGCCGCCGCCCUACAACAAGGUAGCCAAGCUGGCCAUGACAGUAGAAGUCGAGACACGCCGACUGGAGACGGUCGAGGGCGACGGGACGGUCCUCCGCCGCGAGAUCACCACCAUGAGCCACCAGUCUUCGGGCGGCGGCUCGUCCUGGAGCACCUCGUCGUCCUCCUCGACCUUCUCGGCGGUGAGUGGCCCCGAGCAGCAGUCCCUGCCCCGCCAGCUGCACGGCCGGUGGGCCAAGCGGUCCAUCUGCUCGUCGCCCGAGUCGCUGCCGUCCCUCCGGCGCUCGGACUCGCUCUCGUCCGUCUCGUCUUGCGGGAGCUUCGGUUCGGGGUCGAACUCGGAGUCGGGGUCGGAGAUUCGAGUUGUCGGGGUUGUGAAGAGCGGCGGGGAGAUGAAGAUGUUUGAGGGCGGCGGUGUGGUGGUGGAGGACCGCCUUGAAGGCGCCACCUCCCCGGCGUCGUGGCCCGAGUCGGUGAAGAAGCUGGCCGGGCGAGGUCGUAAUAUAGGGGUUGUAUACAACUCUGGCCCGCCGUACGCUGGCUGGACGCCGAAGAAGAAUAAGUUUACAAGGAGGGAGUCGGAUCAUACGGUUUAUCCGAAUUAUCGGGCGAUGCACCUCGCUGAGGCUGAGGAGAAGAGGAAGAAGCUGGAGGGAAGGUCUGUUUCUAUCUAAACGUCGGGAACGUGGUGCUGCCAAUGUAGCUGCUCUGAUAUAAAUCAUAUAAUUAACGCUAGACAUGUUAUCAUCUCCCUAUAUCAUUGUAUCAAUAACUAAAAAGACAAGUCAUUUUCCAC